AUCAGGCAUAUCAUAUAAAAUCAGACCAAAAAAUGAAAAAAUAAAUAGUAAUUAUUACAUAUAAAAAAUGUGGUUUAUUUUUUCUGCGACAUACACGUGGCUCAGGCACUAAUUAUUUUUGUAAAAAAUAGGGGCCAUUCCUAGUGGACCGAGACCGUAAUCUCGACGAAUUUUUUAAAAGAAAAAAGAAAAAAGAAAAAAAUGGAAGAACACUUUGGCUAUGAAAGCAGUUAGACAGUAAUUGUCUAGGCUGUGGCAGUGGCAGCAAGCUCACGUGGCUCAGCUUACGUUCUAGUUUCCCACCUACCCUAUCUCCCUCUCCACCUAAAACAGUGAAGAAGAAGAAGAAGAAGAUGAAGAUAAAUAAACAAGAGAGAAAGUGAGAGAGGUGCAAUGAUCAACGAUAAUGGAGAAGAAGAAAAAUAGCAUUGGUGAAGUUGGAGUUGAUGAUAUAAUACAGGCAGGUGGUCUUUCAACACAAGAAGCCAAAGAGUUCCAUAAAAUUCUCAAUGGAACUUCAAAAGGGUUGUUAGACCCAAGAUUGGUUUGGCAAAAUGUGGUGGCUAAGAGGAUUUUAAAGCCAUGGCACUCUCAUGGACUGCACCAACUUGUUUACUACUCGGUUUAUGCUCGUUGGGAUUCCUCUGUUAAUGGACCUCCUCUUUAUUGGUUUCCUUCUCUACAUCAAUCAAAAUGUACAAACUUAGGACGUGUAAUGGAAACAUAUGGUCCCAAGUUCUUAGGAGCUCUGUACAAGGACCCUGUAACAAGUUUUAGACUCUUCCAGAAAUUUUCUGUUCAACAUCCAGAGGCUUAUUGGUCAAUUGUUCUAAAAGAGCUUUCAGUUAUAUUUCAUGAUGUUCCGAAAUGUAUUCUCAAUACCACCGACAAUUCAAAACAUGGGGGAACAUGGCUUCCAGGUGCAGUUCUGAAUAUUGCUGAAUGCUGUUUGCAGCCUGCAAGUCAUCCUAGAAAAACUGAUGACAAUGUGGCUAUUGUAUGGGGAGAUGAACAUGACAAUUCCAAUGUGAAUCACAUGACUCUAAAAGAACUUCGAGAACAAGUAAUGUUGGUGGCUAAUGCUCUGGAUGCAGUAUUUACAAAGGGUGACACUAUUGCCAUUGACAUGCCAAUGACAGUCAAUGCUGUUAUUAUAUACUUAGCCAUUGUCUUAGCAGGAUGUGUUGUAGUAUCAAUCGCUGACAGCUUUGCAGCCAAGGAAAUUGCUAGUCGUUUACGUAUCUCCAAUGCUAAAGCUAUAUUUACGCAGGAUUUUAUAGUCAGAGGUGGUCGAAAAUUUCCUUUGUACAGUCGUGUUGUAGAAGCUGCCCCACAUAAAGCCAUUGUGCUCUCUGUGAUUGGAAAUGAUGUAAGCAUUCCAUUAAGACAGCAGGAUUUGUCAUGGAAAGAUUUUCUGUCCAGUGUCAUUCAUCUACCAAGACGAAAUUACUUUUCUCCCGUUUAUCAACCUGUAGAUUCUAUGACUAAUAUAUUAUUUUCUUCCGGUACCACAGGAGAACCAAAAGCCAUUGUAUGGACACAACUUUCUCCCAUUCGAAGUGCUAGCGAUGCAUGGGCUCACCUUGAUGUUCAAGCUGGUGACGUUUAUUGCUGGCCCACAAAUUUAGGAUGGGUGAUGGGACCAAUUUUACUCUACUCAUGCUUUCUAACUGGUGCAACUCUUGCUCUCUUUCAUGGAUCUCCUCUAGGCCGUGAGUUUGGAAAAUUUAUUCAGAAUGCAGGAGUUACUAUUUUGGGUACAGUUCCAAGUCUAGUGAAAGCUUGGAAGAGUACCAACUGUAUGGAAGGCUUAGAUUGGACAAAGAUAAAAUCCUUUGGUUCCACUGGAGAAGCCUCCAACGUGGAUGAUGACCUUUGGCUUUCUUCAAGAACUUAUUACAAGCCCAUUAUUGAAUGUUGUGGAGGCACUGAGCUUGCAUCAUCCUAUAUUCAAGGAUGUCCACUGCAGCCACAAGCUUUUGGUGCAUUCAGCACUGCAUCAAUGACAACAGGCUUUGUUAUCCUUGAUGAAAAUGGAGUUCCUUAUCCAGAUGGUCAACCUUGCAGUGGUGAAGUGGGUUUGUUCCCUGUAUACCUAGGAGCAAGUGAGAGAUUGCUUAAUGCUGAUCAUUACGAAGUUUACUUCAAGGGGAUGCCAAUGUUCAAGGGAAUGUGCCUUAGGAGACAUGGAGACAUCCUCAAGAGAACUGUUAGAGGCUAUUUCAUUGUGCAGGGCAGAGCUGAUGACACCAUGAAUCUUGGUGGCAUUAAGACAAGUUCUGUUGAAAUUGAGCAUGUUUGUGAUAGGGCUGACAAAAGCAUAAUUGAGACUGCUGCAAUUAGUGUAGCGCCAGUAGACGGCGGCCCCGAACUCUUGGUAAUCUUUGUGGUUCUAAAGAAUGGAUCUAAUGGUGAACCAGACAAGUUGAAAAUGAAAUUCUCCAAAGCCCUGCAAACCAACCUCAAUCCUUUGUUUAAGGUGAGCUUCGUUAAGAUUGUUCCCGAGUUUCCUCGAACCGCAUCUAACAAGUUACUAAGGAGGGUUUUGAGGGAUCAAAUGAAGCAUGAGCUAUCCAUUCAGAGUAAAAUUUAGUGGGUGCAUCACCAAACUCUUUUGUACAUUCAGUUUAUAAAUGAAGUAUCCUCAGGAGAAACAGUGGCAUAUUGGUGAUCUGAAUAAGUCAGGUUCUUGUGAUUCUUAUGAUAAAAUAAUUCAUUAUCGGAAGAGGUGUAAUGCAUGCUUCUUAUAUUGAAAGCCAUCAAAUGUGACUAAGUUAUUUACUCAUUA